AUGUCACUUCCUUUUUCGACGUUUUUGUUAGAGCUCGUGCAAGCCGUAUCAGCUGAGGAUGGACAGCGUUUGGCGUACCUCCUCAGACCAACAAGCCCACAUGGAAAGGAUUUGGUGAAAGAGUUCAGGAAUCCAUCGCGUGAGGCGUUGACCUCGCAGUACGGCGGAUCCAUCGACACGCCGUGGGAUGAGAUUGCUGUGCGAUAUGUUAUGGUGACAACACAUGUCGCUAGAAAACGACCGGGAGAAGCCUUUAGUGAACAGUCACAGCUUAUAUCGCUAUUUUUUCGCUUCUUUACUCAAAAUACAGGUUGGACACUGCCUGCCCUAUUUUCCAUGCUGCGUGACUUGCGAGAUCUUGCACAUGAUGCGGAUUUCAAUGGAAGGUACAACGGGCAGAAUAGCGAGUGCAUGGAGAGUGCUGCUGGAGUAGUCGCAAAAGCUUUCAGUAUGUGUAUGACGGAUAGGACGUCACCCCCGGAUCUGUCUCGCAAGUGGGGAAUAUACUAUGUUGUCGGCCUCAUUAUGAAGUGUUACUUUCGCGUUAGGCGAAUAAACCUAUCAAAAAACAUAUUGCGAGCGUUGGAGGCGAAUCCUGACAUACCCCAGUUGUCUGCGUACCCUCGUUCACAUCAAGUCACCUACCGGUACUACUUGGGCAUGCUCAGUUUCCUGAACGAGGAUUAUGCAAAGGCUGAGCAGGAGCUCACCCUUGCGUUUUACCAUUGUCACGUUGACGCUCACCGUAAUCAGGAGCGAAUACUCACGUGCUUGAUUCCUCUGCGUAUUCUGCGUGGUCAUCUGCCCGCAGCCGGGCUCAUGCAGCGGUUUCCUGUACUGGAUGAGUUAUUUUCAACUUUUAUUGCCGCAAUUCGCACAGGUGAUAUUUCCGCGUAUGACGCUGCUCUCGAACGCUGGGAACACCGUCUCGUUGAACUUAAUCUCUGGAUAACGAUUGAGAAGGCUCGCGAGCUCUGCAUCAGAGGUCUGUUCAGACGCGUAUGGGUAGCCACCGAUAGAAGCACCCGAAUCCCAAUAUCGAUGUUCCAUUGUUCACUGCGACUGUCAGGAAACGACGUGUCGGUGGAAGAGGCGGAGUGUUUUGAUACAUACAUCUCUCACGAAAAGCAGAUGGCAGUUUUGGCCAAUGCCAACGCCUUCCCCAGACUGGGAGAUAGGCCCACGCCCUAUGCACUGCUAUAGCACUGCCCCUCACAAUAUAUUUUGACACGGGUGGUC